UCCCGGGUCCCGAGUUUAAAUCGCCCCGCGGAUAUCACCGAAGCUCUCGUUACACGCAACAAGCAACACGUUCGGGAUACCGCGUUCUUUAAACAUCACUGUUACAUCGUGCGGCGUCCGACACCGCCGAUGUCGUACGCCCAUCGCUAUUCGACAGUCGGCGGUUUGUUUCCGGAACCUCCGCCAAACCGACUGGGCGGAACGUAAAAAACAAACCCGGACGGCACGGGAAACAAUCGGCCCCGUGGAAGCGCGCACGUGGGUGGCGCGUGGUUUGUGGGGAGGAGGCUUCUUCAAAGUUUCGAGUUUAUACCGCGCAGCGAUGAUGAUGAUGACUGUGGCGACGAUUUAGUGAGAAUCACACUGCGCCCGUGUCUCCAGUACGUCCACGGAUUUAUCCCCCGUCGUGCUCUCCGUGGCCGUGCGUGGCGUGCCGGCAGCAGCAUUGGCAGCAGCAUGGGCCGGCUAAAGCGCAGACACAAUUGGCGUGGCCGCCUUCAGCCGUCCUCGCAGAGUCUCACGCCCUCCAAGAACGUGGCAGCAGCCAAGGAGGUCACUCUCGAAGGCGAUGUCCUGCGACAGAAGGGAGUGGACAGCAGCAAUCCGCUGGUUCUCCCAGCAGCCCCGGCGGUUCCUCGCGCUGCUCCUCAGCUGCCGCGUGGCCGCCCCAAGCGCCCACUCAGCCGCAAGCAGCGGAAACUUCUUGAGAAAGUGCUCGAACAGAAGCAGAAGAAACUUCAGCGGUCGGAGCUAUUGGAGCGACUGGCCGAGUGCCAGGCCACGCAGGAUGUAAUGAGGCAGCUGCAGUCAACGUCGCAGAUUGGAUCACAUAUCCCUGCACACCAGCACAGGCACAACGAGGCUGCUGACGGGGACUUGCCGGCGUCCAAAUUAAAUGCGAUUAAAGGCGGGGUCGGCAAGAGGAAGCGCAAGUGCGGCGACGACGACAGCGACAACGAAGACAGCGAAGAGGGCAAGGUCGCCCAGACGGACACGACCUCGGAGGAGUCGGACGUCAGCUCCGCGUCGGACAAUGAGAGCGACGUCGCACAGCGGCCCGGUUUUAAGGAGGAGGGCACGGCGAUGGGCGAGGCGAUGGGCGAGGCGAUGGGCGAGGCGCGCGCAGACGGCACGGCGGACGGGGAACCUGCAACCUCCGUUGAGCCGGGGAAGAAGGCCCCCGAGCUCACGAAGGCGGCAGAGGGAAAAGUCGGUGCGGAGAGUGGCGGUGCGGGAGCGGGGCUGCCGUGUGGACUCCCCAAACAAGCUGCCGUGUUUGUUCACGUGAACCGCCGGGCCAAGGUGCAGGAGGCACGGCUGGCAUUGCCGAUCCUGGGAGAGGAGCAGGCCAUCAUGGAGGCAAUAGGGGAAAGUCCGGUGACUGUGGUGUGUGGAGAAACGGGCAGUGGCAAGAGCACGCAGCUGCCUCAGUUCCUGUACGAGGCCGGAUACGCGAGGACGGGGCUGAUCGGUGUGACGGAGCCUCGCCGUGUCGCCGCUGUGUCGCUGUCUCACCGCGUUGCUCACGAGAUGAAUCUGCCAAGCAGGAUUGUGUCUUACCAGGUGCGCUACGAUGGGAACGUGACGCCCGAAACCAAAAUUAAAUUCAUGACAGACGGUGUCUUACUACGGGAAGUGCAGAAGGACUUUGUGCUGUCGCGCUACAGCGCGCUGAUCAUCGACGAGGCCCACGAGCGCAGCGUGCACACAGACGUGCUCAUCGGGCUGCUGUCGCGCAUCGUGCCCCUGCGCCACAAGCGAGGCUCCCCUCUCAAGCUGGUCAUCAUGUCGGCCACCCUUCGCGUUGAGGACUUCACGGAAAACCUGCGUCUCUUCCCCUCCCCUCCACCCGUGAUUAAGGUGGACGCUCGCCAGUUCCCGGUGACGGUGCACUUCAACAAGCGCACGCCGCCGGACGACUACGUGGGCGAGGCGUUCCGCAAGGUCAGCAAGAUUCACCGCCUGCUGCCGCCGGGCGGGGUGCUCGUGUUCGUCACGGGCCAGGCCGAGGUGCAGGCGCUGUGCAGGCGGCUCCGCACGGCCUUCCCACGCCGGACCGGCGCGCAGACCGCCGCACAAGCAGGGGAGGAUCAGGGUGAGGAUCCGGAAGCUUCUGAGGAGGUGAACCUCAAGAAAUCGAGAAGCGCCGUCAAGUUGCCACGCAUAGACCUGGAUCAGUAUUCUGUCUUGCCUAUGGAAAAUGAAGAUCACAGCGAUGGUGAAGACGAGGUGGAUAAGGGGGAUGAGGAGGGAGAUGACUUGGAUUUGUACUCGGAGGAUGAUGAAAUAGCUCAACAAGAUCCGAGCCGCAGCUGCGCGGAGCCCCUCUACGUGCUGCCCCUCUACUCGCUGCUGUCGGCGGAGCAGCAGGCCAAGGUGUUCUGCCCUCCACCCGCCGGCUCCCGCCUCUGCGUUGUCGCCACCAACGUCGCGGAGACGUCGCUGACGCUGCCGGACGUGCGCUACGUCAUCGACACCGGCCGCGUCAAGCGCCGCCACCACGACGUCGUCACCGGCGUCAGCUCCUUCCGCGUCGCCUGGGUCUCGCAGGCCUCGGCCAACCAGCGGGCCGGACGCGCGGGCCGCACGCAGGCCGGCCACUGCUACAGGCUCUACAGCUCAGCGGUCUUCUCUGACCUGGAGAUGUUCUCUCCGCCCGAGAUCACCACAAGACCCGUGGAAGACCUGGUGCUGCAGAUGAAGGCGCUCAACAUUGACCGGGUGAUGAAUUUCCCGUUCCCAACUCCCCCGGAUCCCAGCGUGCUGCUCGCGGCCGAGGAGUCUCUCCAGCUGCUGGGAGCUCUGGAGGAGUCGGCAACUCGAUCUCCUAAAGAUGGCGGCGGCAGGGGUUUCCGCGGGGUGACACACAAGCGCAUCACCCCGCUCGGCCGCGUGAUGGCCACUCUGCCCGUGGCGCCGCGCUUCGCCAAGCUGCUGGCGCUGUCCCCGCAGCACGGCCUCGCCGAGUACGCCAUCACGCUGGUGGCGGGGCUCACCGUCCGCGAGAUGUUCGUCACGAGGGAGGCCGAUGCGGAGGGCGGCGCGCGCCCCUGCUCGGCCCACACACGCCGCGUGUGGGCCGGCCACGGGCAGUCCCUGCAACUGGGAGACCUCAUGGUGAUGCUGAGUGCGGUUGGUGCGUGCGAGUUCGCAGGCUGCACACCCGAGUUCUGUGCAGACCACGGCCUUCGCCUCAAGGCAAUGCGAGAGAUCAGACGCCUGAGAGGGCAGCUCACCAACUCCGUGAACUCGGUGUGCCCGGGGACGAACGCCGUGAUGGACCCUCGCAUGCGGCCGCCCACCGAGGCGCAGGUGAAGACGCUGCGGCAGCUCGUGCUCGCCGCCUCCGGGGAGCGCCUGGCACGCAGGGCGCCGAGCGCGCCGCAGGCGGGCGGAGGAGACGGCAAGGGCAGACACGCGUACAGGACCGCGUACCUCGAGGACUCGGUUUACAUCCACCCGAGCUCGGUGCUCUGCAAGAAACUGCCGGAGUACGUGGUGUACCAGGAGCUGCUGGAGACAUCUCACAUGUACAUGAACGGGGUGACGGCGGUGGAGCUCGAGUGGAUCCCGGUGCAGCUGCCCCAGAUGUGCUGCUACGGCGAGCCCCUGGCGGAGCCUCCGGCGCGGAUGAGCGAGGGGAGAGUUCGCUGCCACCGCUCCAGCACCCUCGCACGGCUGGGAUGGGAUUUGCCCCCUGUGGAGGUGGACUAUCCCGCCGGGUUGAUGCGCUACAAACUGUUUGCCCAGUUCCUGCUGGGUGGCCAGGUGGUAUCAAAACUGGCCGAGUUCACCCCACUGCUUCUCUCUCCUCCCACCACCAUGUGCAAGACCUGGGCCAACUUGCAGCCUCGCACACAGGCCCUGCUGCAGGCGUUGGUGGCAGAGGAGGCCGACUGUCGCGACGUUCUGCUCUCCGUGUGGCAGCGCUCGCCCAAGUUCCUGCAGGCAGAGUACUGUCAGUGGCUUCCCGAGAGCCAGCAGAACAGGCUCGCUCUGUGCUGGCCACCGCUGUGAGAGGCAACCCGCUCCUGCCAAAGCUCCAGCAACACAACGGAGGUGGAGGAAGAGGACAUCACCAAACUGACCUGUCCGAGGUCACUGUAAAGCCAGUACAUUACCAUGCCGUAUCAUGCCGAUUGAUGAUGAUGAUGGUGAUUAUGGUUUUGGCGGCCCCCACAGCCCAGAGGUCGCAACUGGGUACCCGAUACCCGUACCAUACCCGAUACCCGGCUACCUGUACCCGGCCGGGUACGGGUACCCGUUUGCGACCCUGGUACGGCUGGGUACGGGUAAGGAAUCAAAACCCGUUUGCGACCUCUGCCACAGCCUAGCUGUAGCCUCCUUGCAGUCCAAGCGUUUGUUCAAUGGCUGUCUACAGCUGGCUUCGACAUGCUGAUGAGUAAGGCUAUGAUUUUAUUACGGAGGUCACGGAAGUCGUGAAUUUUAAUUAGGUCCCUAAAAUGCUGGGAAUGGCUGCAGAAACGCGGGAGACACGUCCUUCACUUCCUAAAAGACACUGUCCUGUAUGCGCUGAGAUUACAACGCACGACGGACGCUUAUUGUAACAGUUUUUCAACGAAAAAACAAUUCUCUUUUAAAUAAAAAUAAAUUAAGUGUUUUUUAUUUUUUUAUAUAUUUCAUUAUUCUUAUUGCACGCGCGUCUUGCCGAGGCGAGACGGCCGCUCCGUCGGCGGCGUGGAGCGGCGGCAAGUCCGGGGCAGGGGCCACUCGUGGAUGACACGCGACGACCGUGACCACCGAGCGGGUUGUGGUCACGUGGCCCCCCACCACCGGCGCGUGGUGGUCGGCCGCACGCGUUCCUGACGGCAGGGAAACCCGCAGAGCAGGUGCCCGUUUUGUAGAUGAACAAGGCCCGGACUUGGCUGCAGGCGCCAGCUGUUGCAUUAUUUGGCCGGUUUGGCGAUGCCGGCAUUGGGGACGUUUCCAAGUCUUGAGAAUGCGCGCGUCCGUGUGCCGCGACAGACGUCUUUGGCGUGGGUGGGUGGCGAACCGUUACCUGCGUAGAGGUCUCACAGAGGCAGCGCGAGCACGGAGCCCUGUGGUAGGCCGUUGGCUUGCCGUCCCCCACGACGUGCACCCUGAACCGUGCGUCUAAGAAGCUGCAGUUCGUUGGUGUCGGCUGCCCGCUUUGGUAAGACUCGGGGCGUUUUGACCAGACGACCACCGUGUCAGGCCGUGUCGUGGGCAGGCAGCAGUCGGCAGUCUGGUCUAGAAGUACUGCUGCUGUCCGCAGGUGUUUCUGGAAGCUGUUCUCGAUUAACGUUGUCAGUGCCAGGAUGUGGUCGCAGGUGCUCGUCGGUAAAUCCGGCCUGCUUGGCAUGGAAAUGCUCUCCACUUGUGGGGGAUAUGCGCUGGACUAUUUAUUUUUUAGGUUGUACACCGCUGCACCUUAUUCCAUCACAUUGUUUUUCCCACACCUCAAGCCAUGAUUCGCGUGACCAAAUGUUUGCCUUACUGAUGAGCCCGAAUAAGCAUGAAAUGUACCCAUACAUUCUGCAAGGCCAGUCAGUGGAAAGAUUCGGUGACAAUUACAGCAUUAUCAAUUUUACUUGUAUACGGUAUUUUUUUAAAUGUUUAAAUCCGAGUAAUUCGAUAAGCUGUGUACUGGGAUGACAAGAUAUUUGAAAGGGUACAGGGGCAGCCCUGUAAUGGCUUGCUCACGCUGUUGGGCAUCCAUGAGAGGGAGCUCUAGAGGGCCCCUUUAGAGGAUUAUUUUGGGCUCUUCCACACUGCCUAACACCUUGAGAGAUGCAGCAGUGCCCACACUUUACCCCCAUCAGACGUGAUCUGCCGAUUCACUGGUGCACGCGUUUGUACUUCUCCGAGGAUAGAGGCGGGCGGAGGGGGAUUUUAGAAACUCGCCAAAUGUUUCAACUGCUGCGCCGGUAUGUGAACACUGCCCAUGUGCGGUGACUACGGACGAUUGCUAUCGCUGUCCUUCAGCAAGUCCAUGCCUGUGGAUAUGCUGAUAGGGACAACACAGAACUUAUUUUAUUUUUUAAUAUAUAUAUCUGGUUUGAUUGUAAAUGCAAUCUUUUUAUGGGACGAGUGAGAGUUGUUGGUAUGGGCCUGGUAAGACACCGGUAAUUAAGUUGAGUGAACCUUAAUGUAGAUUUGUGUAUGGUCAAGCAAUGUCUAAUUUAAUGUCGAUGGCUUAGUUCCACCAGUUCUAGACAAAGUAAAAACAAUAAAAGUUUACGUAUCUCUUU